CUUGUCUUGGCUCCACUACCCCGGUAACUCUUCCUACUGUCUUGAUCCCGCUUUAGCUCAUGCGUCCGGAAUUUAGCCAGCGAAACUCCGGGCUACCUCAAGUCUCUGCAGGAGCCUCAGUCCUAGUAUGGACAAUGCAGGGGGUGCCAGAAAGUCCGGGUUGUCCUGCGCGGAAUGUCGCCGAUCCAAGCUCAAGUGCGACAGGGCGUUCCCGUGCCAGUCAUGUAUACGACGUGGAUGUGCGAAUAUCUGCCCAGAGGGAACUCUUACCGCCACGAAAGGAAACAAGGUUCUUAUGGCUCAUGCUCAGCGCCUGUCAGGCCAAGUAAAAUCUAUGACAACGAGAAUCAAAGAGCUUGAAGAGGCACUUGCUGAAUCUCAGAGGUCCAAUCGUGGCGAAAGCGAACCGCAUCCUCUCCUCAAAGCACCGCCACACGAACAUGCUGAACUGCCCGAGCUCCAGACUAUUUAUGACGAUGAAGUCCGCGAUGUAUCAGAAAGCAUCGGAUCGUUAUCAAUCGAUGUCAAUGGCCGCACCAAAUACCACGGUGAAUCUGCUGGGUCAGAGUACUUUCAACCACUGUUUUUGCCCGACGGAUGUUCGUCACAGCAGAGCGGUCCCACCGACCCCAAAUUCUUGGGACUUCCAUUUGAGAUCAUUGAUCUUUGCAAUGCAUACCCCUUCGGUUUGAGGGACAGUCAAUAUACGAAAUUUCUCUUCUUACCCUUUCUGCCUGCCCGUGAACGAGCCCUGCAACUUGCCGAACUCUAUUAUCAAAAUGUUGCAUGGCUGAACGACCCCAUCACACGAGAUGACUUCAUGACCAAUAUUCUAACCCCAUUAUAUGGCCACACCGGUUCACCUAACAUUAACAGCAUCCACUCCCACCGACUUUCCGUGUUUUUUAUCCUGCUAGCUUCAGGAGUCCUUUACGAACAAUCACCAUCAUCAGGGGUGCUCGCCGAACAGUUUCAAGCCCUUUCUCGCGCUGCAUUAUCCCUCGAUCCGAUCCAUCAAGAUGCUACUUGCGCCACCGUACAGGCCCUUCUCAUGAGUUUCACACACAUUUACCACUCUGACCGUACGAACAACGAAGGUAGGUGGCUUCUGAUGGGCGUGGUUACGAGAGUCGCGCAAUUAAUUGGGCUACAACGCGAUAGCGCGGGGUGGGAUCUAGGGUACGAAGAAAUACAGAGAAGACGCAUUUUAUUUUGGGAAGUCUACACGUGCGACGCGUGGACGAGCAUCGUAAAUGGUCGGCCGCCUGCAUUGAGCAUCAACCACACAGACUGUUGGUUUCCAGAAGAUCUAGACCCCGUAAUCAAACCAUCGGGCGCCAUCGAAAUGGGAUGGCAUGUCUGGAAGUUUCGCUACACAGCAAGCUGUUUGGGAAUUUCCGCGCAACAUGUCUUCAGCACGCGUGUGUCAAACUAUUCCGCAUUGCUCGAGUUGGACCGAAAAAUACGGAAGUUUAUCCUACCGUCCCAUUUACAAUCGCCCAUGGAAGCCUCAGAAGCGGGUCGCGCCUGGUCGCCAGAAGCCCCUAGGGCAAUGCAACAAUAUUGUGCGUUAUGUCAAAGGGAAGCAAACUUACUGUACAUCCAUCGGAGCUGGUUCGUGCAGGCCAUUCGAGAGGCCCCCGUCAAUCCCCUUCAGCACAAAUAUGCGCCCUCCGUCUUGGCUGUAUAUCGUAGUGCAUGUCGGUUGAUCUCCAGCCUUAAGGGGUUGUAUCGAGUGCACCCAUACCCGACGAAUCGGGCGUGGUUCUUCUGGUCGGCCAUCUUCUCUGCAUGCAUCGUUCUCGGAGCCAUAGUGGUGGAUAGUCCACAAUGUACUCUCGCGUCGAACGCAUUGCAAGAACUAGAGCAGGGGAUGGUACUUUACGAACAGGGUUCGCUUCCGUGUCGACCACCCGCAACUAUGCUUGUCCUCCACAGAUUGCGUGAACGUGCAAUCAAUUCCUUCAAAGCAACGCAGGCAGACGCCGGACAAUCGCGUCAGUCAUCCUUCGACCCUGGCGAUUCAGCCGUGCUCGGACGCCGGAACAGCAUCAUCGCCAACACGUCAUCCAACUCGCCAGCUUCAAGUCCAUCUGGUUCAGACCGACAGUUAUCAGAACUGUCUGAUGAUUUUGCGCGUCAAGCUGAUCCAUCCAUCGUUCAAUAUUACGGGGCACUUGCAAAUCCCAAUCUCGUAUUGCCGGCCACGAGGGAGUUCGAGCCGCCAUUCACGAAGACUUUCGAGCCGUCCUAUGCUGCAGCAUCGCAGGAGGACCUCAAUACACCUUCACCAUUUUUUGACCCUGCGCUGCAAGCUGCGAUGAUGAAGCAAAAUCCGCCCUCCAACCAAAAUAUUGCGGGCCCCAGUUCGAGCAUGCCUCGGCAGCAAUCCUUAUCAUAUCAAAAAGCAGCACCCCAUCCUCAUUCCGCCGACCACAGUAUUAACCAGGAGGAGGUCUGGCGAAAUUACAUUAUCAACCUGGGAGUAAUGAAGCCCUAGUCUACCAUGAUUUCUUCAUAGACUCGCAUUCUGGACCAUGCAUCAUCAUCGUGUUUUCGUUACCUGUCGCACUCUUUCCACGUUCUUGUCACGCACACAUUUUCGCUGUCUCCCGCACAUUGUCAUGGUUGUUACAGUACUUGGUGUUAUAUACUAGUCCAUUUUGAUCAAA